UCAGAAAUAGUCACUACGACUUCGAGAGAUCCCACAGCUGGAAAUGACACAACAGAGCCAAGUCCGGUUUCUGGUCUUCGCGUUUCCUUCGUGGGGGUGACGCAAGCUACUCUUACCUGGAAGGAAGCGAACGGCACCGCCACCUGCCGGCUGCUCCUUGAAGGCAUCGGGGGUCCUGAGGGGAUGACUCAAGACUUGGUGGUCAAUAUAUCGGGCCUGACACCAGGGACUCAACACAAGGUCACCCUGCUUCUUUCAGAACCAAAUGAACAGAGAGAGUCCUCGGUCACAGACAGUGGCUUAGAUGUCAACAACACAGAGAGCUCCUCCCAGCAGCCCCGGACCCCCACUGCCGGGGUGUAUGAAUACCACCUUGAUCCCAUAGACCUGUCUUCUCACCAGCCUCUGCCCCAAGACACGGAAGUCCUGCUGUUCGGGUUGAAGUCCAACAUGCAGUACAAGGCCACCGUUUAUUGUCAAGCGGCAGAUGGCACAGAAGGACAGCCCCGAAACGUAACUUUCGGGACAGUGGCCAGUCAAGUUUUUGACAUUGAAGUUGUGAACAUCAGUGCGACGCACAUGACCCUGACCUGGAAAAUCAACGAUAAUGAGUCAUCCUCUCUCUAUACCUAUGAGAUCCAGGUUGCUUGGCCGACUGAUUCCUUCGUCCUCAAUGUCAGUGAUACUUGGGUCAACAUCUCUUCACUCAACUCCAGUACCUUAUACAACAUCACAGUGCGCCCUUUCCUUGGCAACGGUUCUGAGGGCGUGUCGGGUUUUCUCCAAGUGUACACCCCCCCUGGUCCAGUUUCUGACUUUAGAGUGACGAAUGUCAGCACAAGGGCAAUUGGCUUAGCUUGGAGGAGCAAUGACUCAGAUUUCUUUAAGAUACUUACCAGAAGGGAUGGAAGUAGAGAACCUCAGGAGAACACGACCAGCGACCAAAGUAUUGUCAUUGGUGGCUUAUCCCCCGGAACCAUGUAUGUUUUUGAAAUAUUUCCAAGAGGACCAAAUGGGACUGAAGGGGAUCCCCGGACAGUUCGCAAUAGCACUGACCUCAGUGCCGUCUUUGACAUCCGUGUGCUCCAAGUCACCACGACCGAAAUGGAGUUGGAGUGGCAGAAUACAGACAAUGCUUCUGACUAUACCUACUGCCUGCAUGUACAGUCCAAGAACGGCUUUAACAAGACAAACAGUUCUCACAAAGCCAUCACUCUCAAAGACUUGGUUCCAGGCACGUUAUACAACAUCACAGUCUUUCCAGAAGUGAACCACGUCGUGGGCAAGUCUGGCUUCACUGCACAGUACACACGGCCCAGCAAUGUGUCCAAUAUUGAAAUAUGUACCAACACCACAGCAGCAUCCUUAAUUUGGCACAACUUUGAUGAAGCUUCUGAUACGUACAUCUACCACCUUCUUAUUGAGAAGGAUGGAAAUUCCAGCAGGGCAACACAACUUGUCACAGACACGGGUGUCACCAGCGCCACAGCCACUGAGUUGACACCUGGCUCGGCAUACACAGUGGAGAUCUUCACCCAAGUGGGGAACACCACCUGGUCCCUGGCUCCUAGCUGGCAGUCAUUCUGUACAGAUCCUUUACCAGUAGCCUCCUUCCACUGCGAAGUUGUCCCCAAAGAGCCAACCUUGAUUCUCAAGUGGGCCUGCCCUUCCGGCACCAACAUGGGCGUCCAGCUGGAGAUCAGCAGAGGAGCUUGGAAAAAUGUGACAGACCUGGAGAGCUGCUCCUCAGAGAACGGCACUGAGUACAGGAUGGAAGUCACAUAUUUGAACUUUUCUACCUCCUACAACAUCAGCAUCGCUGCCUCUUUCUGUGACAAGAUGGCGUCUCCCGCCCAAAACACCUGCCUCACUGGCAUCACAGACCCCCCUUCUCCAGAUGGAUCCCCAAAUAUCACGUCCAUCAGUCACAAUUCAGUAAAGGUUGAGUUCAGUGGGUUUGAAGCCAGCCACGGACCCCUCAAAGCCUAUGCGCUCAUUCUCACCACUGGGAACGCUGCUCACCCGUCUGCAGAUGUUUUGAGAUAUACGUAUGAGGAUUUCAAAAAGGGGGCCUCAGACACUUACGUGACAUACCUCAUAACAACAGAAGAAAAGAGACGUUCUCAGGGCUUGGCUGAAGUCUUGAAAUACGAAGUCGAUGUUGGGAACGAGUCAACCACGCACGGUUAUUACAAUGGGAAGCUGGAACCCCUGGGCUCCUAUCGGGCUUGUGUGGCCGGCUUCACCAACAUCACCUUUAACCCUCACAGUAACGGACUCAUAGAUGGGGCCAAGAGCUACGUGUCCUUUGGUCCCUAUUCAGAUGCAGUGUUCUUGCCCCAGGAUCCAGGUGUCAUCUGCGGAGCAGUGUUCGGGUGCAUCUUUGGUGCCCUGGUAAUUGUGGCUGUGGGAGGCUUCAUCUUCUGGAGAAAGAAAAGGAAAGAUGCGAAGAAUAAUGAAGUAUCCUUUUCUCAAAUUAAACCUAAAAAAUCCAAGUUAAUCAAAGUGGAGAAUUUCGAGGCCUACUUUAAGAAACAACAAGCGGACUCCAACUGUGGGUUUGCAGAAGAAUAUGAAGAUCUGAAGCUCGUUGGAAUUAGUCUACCUAAAUAUGCGGCAGAACUGGCUGAGAAUAGAGGAAAGAAUCGCUAUAAUAAUGUUCUGCCCUAUGAUAUUUCCCGUGUCAAGCUUUCCGUCCAGACCCACUCAGCUGACGACUACGUCAAUGCCAACUACAUGCCCGGCUACCAUUCCAAGAAAGAUUUUAUUGCCACACAAGGGCCUUUGCCCAACACUUUGAAAGAUUUCUGGCGUAUGGUUUGGGAGAAAAAUGUAUAUGCCAUUGUUAUGUUGACCAAAUGUGUCGAACAGGGAAGGACCAAAUGUGAGGAGUACUGGCCCUCCAAGCAGGCUCAGGACUAUGGGGACAUAAUGGUGGCAAUGACAUCAGAAGUUGUUCUUCCAGAGUGGACCAUCAGAGACUUCACGGUGAAAAAUAUCCAGACAAGUGAGAGUCACCCUCUGCGACAGUUCCAUUUUACCUCCUGGCCGGACCACGGUGUUCCUGACACCACUGACCUGCUCAUCAACUUUCGGUACCUUGUUCGUGACUACAUGAAGCAGAGUCCUCCUGAGUCACCCAUUCUGGUUCAUUGCAGUGCUGGGGUUGGAAGGACAGGCACGUUCAUUGCCAUUGAUCGUCUUAUCUACCAGAUAGAGAAUGAGAACACGGUGGAUGUGUAUGGGAUUGUGUAUGACCUUCGAAUGCACAGGCCUUUAAUGGUGCAAACAGAGGACCAGUAUGUUUUCCUCAACCAGUGUGUUUUGGAUAUUAUCCGAUCCCAGAAGGACUCAAAAGUAGAUCUCAUCUACCAGAACACAACCGCAAUGACAAUCUAUGAAAACCUUGCACCCGUGACUGCGUUUGGAAAGACAAAUGGUUAUAUCGCCUAAUUCCAAAGUCAGACAUUUCUGGAGUUACCCAGACCGUCACACCCACAGCAAAGGAAAAUGCCCCGAUGUGGACAUGUUUUUAUAUGUCUAAUAUCUUAAUUCUUUGUUCUGUUUUGUUAGAACUAAUUUGAGGGUGUGAGGUUGCACAUGUACGACAUGACAGAUGAGAAGUUGGGGCUGUCAGGGGCUGUGGAUAGGUGGUGAGCUAAUCAAUGACAUUCCUGAUCACCAAUGGGAUGAGUUCACUUUUUGUUUUUGUUUUUGUUUUUUUCUAGAGAAUUACGGAACACCAGGAAAAGCGAGCUAUGAUUUUUUUUUCUUUUUCAAAACAGAUUCUUUUUAAAAAAGACUAUUUUAUAUGAUUCACAUGCUAAAGCCAGGAUUGUGUUGGGUUGAAUAUAUUUUAAGUAUCAGAGGUCUAUUUUUACCUACUGUAUCUUGGAACCUAGCUGAUGGAAAAUACAUAAUUGUGGAUGAUUAUCAUGUAGGGAGGGGUACGUGGUGCCUCUUCUGCCUGGGUUUUCUAUUUGAACAUGUGCCUUUUCUGAAUUAUGCUUCCACAGGCGAAACUCAGUAGAUAUCUCUAUUUUUGUAUUGAAUCUCAUAAUUGGAAUAUACGGAAUAUUUAAACAGUAGUUUAGUAUCCAAGAUUCAGCCUUCUCAGUAACAUUCCUGUUCUCAUUUGACUAGAGGAGGCUUCCCUCUCCCCCUCCACUUCUCCUCUCCCCUGUUUUGUGCUCUAUUCUUUCUUCCCUUUUCCCUUCCCUUUUCCCCAAAGACACUUCUGUUGGCCACAUUUUCAGCCCAUUGGUUGAGUGAGAGUGGAAACCAGGUAUCACCUUGAGAAUUUCUGGGGGGGUGGGGAGGGAAGCAGAG